CAUGUCAUUAUCAUCUGUCAAUAAAAAGACACGACGAUAUUUAGUGGUAGGGAGCUGUGUCGUUCUGAGAUAAAAUAGUUUUUAGUUAUCCGGUCUGCUAAAGAAAAUAGAAAAAUAUUUAUCAAAAUUUAGCCAUCGGGAUGUCGACGUCCGGCGAUUUUGGAAAUCCCUUGCGAAAAUUUAAGUUGGUUUUUCUAGGAGAACAAAGUGUGGGAAAAACCUCCCUCAUCACAAGGUUUAUGUACGAUAGCUUCGAUAACACGUAUCAGGCUACUAUUGGAAUAGACUUUUUAUCAAAAACAAUGUAUCUAGAAGAUCGCACUGUAAGACUGCAAUUAUGGGAUACUGCUGGUCAGGAACGUUUUAGAUCAUUAAUUCCCUCUUAUAUUCGUGAUUCUACUGUAGCUGUUGUAGUAUAUGAUAUAACUAAUGCUAAUUCCUUUCACCAAACUUCAAAAUGGAUCGACGACGUAAGGACUGAAAGAGGUAGCGACGUCAUCAUUAUGUUGGUGGGCAACAAAACCGACUUAUCUGAUAAAAGACAAGUUAGUACGGAAGAAGGGGAAAGAAAGGCUAAGGAACUCAAUGUUAUGUUUAUUGAAACCAGUGCUAAAGCUGGAUAUAAUGUUAAACAGUUGUUUAGGCGUGUGGCAGCAGCUCUACCUGGUAUGGAUUCAACAGAGAAUAAACCUCCUGAGGACAUGCAAGAAGUUGUGUUGAAAGACACACCCAAUGAAGUCCAGGAUCCAGAUGGAAACUGUGCAUGUUGACUUAGAUCUAUGUUACCUAUCCAUGCUUUGAACUGUAAAUGUUUUUUUUUUGUAAAAAUAUUUUUUCUAUUUUUUUUUUAACAUUGUUGCCUUUAUAUUUUAAGUUAUUUAUAGAUUGAUUGAUUUGAAAGUAUAAGUCAGUGGCAUUUUGCUUUAUGAAGCAAAUUCUCAAAUUACAUUUUUAAAUAAUGUAAUAUUAAUUUAUUCCUGCAAAGAGCUGAACAAAGCAAUAAUUGAACAGUGACAUUUUGUGCAAUACUCUAGUAAAAUGCAAGCUUACAAUUAAUAUUUAUGAAAGCUUUAUUUGUAAUUAUUUAAGUGAGCUUUUAAAAAUUACGUCCAUUCUGCUUAAAUCCUACAUUUAUCAGAUUCCCACUUAUCACUGAGUGCCCAAUUAUUGCUCAAAAUUUUUGAAAUAUUUAUAACUUUUUUAGAACACUUUUUAUAUGAUUAGAUAAAUCAGUUACAAAUGUCCACAUGGCCUCAUUCUCAUACUGUGAGUAUUACUAUCUUAAAAGACGCAUUUAAAUAUUCUAAUGAAUUAUUAGGACGAUUAUUAUUUAUUUUUAAGUGUUUUACCAAUCUAAAAGAUUUAUUUAUCAACUUAAAAUAUAAGUAUUUAUAUUUAUAUAAUGUACGUGUGUACCUAGAUUAAGUGUAUAAAAGAUAAUAACACAAUCUCUAGGAUAAAUCCGCCUAAAUUUAAACUAAAACUUUUCUAAAUGCAUAAGUGCUCUUAUUAAUACAAAGUAUGACUAAUUUUCAGUCAAGUUUUCAAAGGCCAUGGUAAAUAAUUCCCAGUAAAUUGCACCUGCACAUUUUAUAGAUUGGCAAUAUGUAUUGAUUUUUGUAUAUAUGAAAUAAUUCUUUUGGUUGCUAAUUCUUUUUUUAUUAAAAUGAGAACCAAGCAAGUCCAUUGGCUCCCUCAUGAGAAAACAGGAAGUUUUAUGUACAAUUUUAACAAUAAAUAUUUAAAUAAAUAAUUCACCGAAAUGCAUUUUUGAUCCAGCAUGUCUAAUUUCUUAUCGCUAUUUUUUUUAAAUUCAAAUUCUAGCUCUCAAAUUUUUUUUUAAUUAUUUUUGUCCAGUAAACAGAUAAUUUUCAAAAUUCAAUUUCUUGUGCAGCAUUUUUAUCUUGGUUGUUAAAAUCACAGUAAACUUAUUUGUGUGUCUUGUUACAUUUUUAUUUGAUUUUUUUUUCUAUAUGGGCUUGUAUGGUAGUCAUUAGCAUAUUAAAUUUGUAUAAAUAAAGUCAGUGACACAAUGAAA